AUGGGGAGGUCUCCUUGUUGUGAGAAAGACCACACGAACAAAGGAGCUUGGACUAAAGAAGAAGACGAUAAACUCAUCUCUUACAUCAAAUCUCACGGUGAAGGUUGUUGGCGUUCUCUUCCUAGAUCCGCCGGUCUUCUCCGGUGUGGUAAAAGCUGCCGUCUCCGUUGGAUUAACUAUCUCCGACCUGAUCUCAAAAGGGGUAAUUUCACCCUCGAAGAAGACGAUCUCAUCAUCAAACUCCAUAGCCUUCUUGGAAACAAAUGGUCUCUAAUUGCAACGAGAUUACCAGGAAGAACAGAUAACGAGAUUAAGAAUUAUUGGAAUACACAUGUAAAGAGAAAGCUUUUAAGAAGAGGGAUUGAUCCCACUACUCAUCGACCCAUCAACGAGACCAAAACUCUUCAAGAUUCGUCUGAAUCUAGAGAAACAGAGGACUCGCUUGUAAAGAUUCUUUCUUUUGGUCCUCAAUUGGAGAAAAAGGAAAUUUUUGGGACUGAUUUGCAAAAAGAAAGUUGCUUAGAUUUGAAUCUUGAGCUAAGAAUCAGUCCACCAUGGCAAGAACAGCUCCAUGAUGAGACGAAACUACUACGGUUUGGGAGAGAGAAGUAUUCUUGCAAUGCGUGUCGUUUUGGAUUGGGAAACGGCAAGGAGUGUAGCUGUGAUAAUGUGAAAUGUCAAACAGAAGAGAGUAGUAGUAGCAGUUAUUCUUCAAACGACAUUAGUAGUAGCAUUGGUUAUGACUUCUUGGGUUUAAACACUAGGGUUUUGAACUUUAGUACUUUGGAAAUGAAAUGA